AUGCCAGAUAAGGAUUUGUUCCAGAAUUGCUCAGAUUGGAUCUCCCACAUCUUUAACACGUUGCAGCCGGCACAACUCGGUCUCUUUGUCGUAAUCUGCUGGAAUAUUUGUCGGGCGAGAAACGAUAAGGUGUGGAGGAACUUGAAUACGACUGCCAGAGCCAUUGUAGAAAAUUCAAGAGCUUUCUUGAGGGACUGGGAAGCAUACUCCGUGGACGAGGUUUCUCAUCUUCAAAGACAGAUCCCAUGCUCCCCAAAGUGGCAAAAACCAAAACCGAGAUGGUUGAAGCUUAAUGUGGACGCGGCGCUGGAUACUGGUUCUGGCAAGAUGGGGCUGGGUUGGGUCCUACGUGAUGAUCAUGGGGGGUUCUUAGCUGCAGCUUGUAUGCCAUGGAUUGGUCUAUUCUCUCCAAGAGAAGCUAAAGCUUUAGCCAUUAGAGAGGCCCUUAGCUGGUGUAAAAGAAAAAGUUUGGAGUUCCUGCAUGUUGAGACAGAUUCGCUGCUUGUUGUUCAAGGUCUAUCUUCACAUGAGUUUGUCUCCUCGUUUGAUCUUCUCUUAGCUGAUGUAAAAGAUUUGUUGAGUUAUUUUUGCUCAUAA